CUAUAAGUCUGAUAUGGUCAAUUCUCUUCCUGCCCAUCCGGCCAGCAGCACUUUUCCUAAAAUAUUUUUUAAAUGAACUUUAAGAGUCAGCUGCCGAAGAGUUGGUGAUUCAGUGAAACUUAUCCCAGCGCUGUAGGGGCAGACACUUUGGUACACACGCUUUUCUUUUUUCUCUCAGGGAAAGGGGUGUUGCAGAGUGAACAGUCCGGGGCAGGUCGUGCCAUCGCGUCGCCAAGAGUCUGGAGGUUUGUGUGGACAUUUCUGGAAUAGCCUUCAAAGCUCGUUUUUUUUUUUUUUUGCCAAGGAGAACCUGGGAGGAAGCACAGCCGCGUUUUUCUUCUGUGUGCACACUCAGCGAAGAGUUCCAGCGGGGAUCACACAGAGCACAUUUCUAGCAUUUUCUGCGCUCUUCCUCCUUCCUGCGCGCAGGAGAUCGUCACAAUAUUUACUGGAAAUAAACAAUGCCCGAGGAUUAAUUGGAUGAAUUAAGUAAUUAGUGUCUUGACGUGCGUGAGAGUGUACUUUGGAGAUGUGAAGUGGUCUAAACUUUUCGCCGACAGACUUUAUUCAUUCCUCCGGUGUUUUUGAGGAAAUGUUUCAGAGUUUUUGGAUGUUUGUCUAAGAGAUGAGAUACUCUGCUGAUCUCCUGGGAUCAUUGGUUGCUUGAAAACGGAAGUGUUGCUGAGAUGAAGUUUUGGAUAUAACUGUUUACGCACAACAAACUCUGCUCUUAUUCGCCUGCUUUGUCAAAUAAAGAGCAGACAGUGAAGUGGAUUUCCUCCACAGAAGGCAGGCAUGCUGAGAAACACUUAAGGUGGAUGUUUGUGUGCCCACGCUGCACAUCUUCAUCUGGAAGUAAUUGAUAAACAGUCUCAAAUGCACUAAAGACGCGCGUGGAUCGCAGCUCCGCCACUGGAUCUGUAUUUUAGGUUUUAUUUUCUGACAUCUCGACAUAAUGCGUGGGGCUUUUGUGCUCAGUUUAGCUCUGAUCUAUCUGCUGACAUGGACUGGAGAGGCGGACAAACCGAAUCACCUCCAUCGGUCGCAGCUGCAAAGACGCACGAGACAGGGGCGAGCCCAGCUGGGCACAGCAGACAACGGGGGCCUUGUUGGGCGUUUGCGUCCAGGGUUUAGUUCAGCUAUCUCUGUGCACGCUGCCAGGGGGCAGGAGGACGUGCAAGCUGAUGAAGGUACUCCAGCUUCCGUCAGGUCAGGGACUGUGCAGGGCAGGAGAGCAGGAGGUCUCGUGCCACGGAGAGGGCUGGCCGGACAGCUCGGUGUGCCCCGUCAGCCGGACGUGCAGAAGGAUGAGGGCGCACCAGGAGCGCGAGCCAGGGUGACCCGGAUGCCCAGCGGCGCAGGGUCACCUAACCUGCUGGCCAGUUUUGCCGGAAAGAACCGCGUCCUGGUGAUCUCAGCCCCUCAUGAGUCAGACGGAUACUACAGACUCAUGAUGUCUCUCCUCAAACCAGAUAUUUACUGUGAGCUGGCAGAAAGGCAUGUUCACCAGAUCGUCAUUUUUCAUCAAGAGGGCGAGAUGGGGGGCAAGGUGAGGAGGAUCACCGCGGAGGGGAAGGUGAUGGAGGAGCCGCUGGACACUGCUCUCAUCCCCAGACUCAUGAGCUUCCUCAAACUGGAGAAAGGUAAGUUUGGGAUGGUGCUGCUGAAGAAGACCCUGCAGGUGGAGGAGAGGUACCCGUACCCUGUGAGGAUGGAGGCCAUGUACGAGGUGAUCGACCAGUCGCCUAUGAGGAGGCUGGAGAAGCUCCGACAGAAAGGCUUCGUGCAGAAGUGCAGAGGAGCAGGUGUGGAAGGCCAGGUGGAGGAGGGCACGCUCGCAGCAGUAGAUACACCAGUAGAAAGAAAACCAACAAAGAAAAUCAUGAGAAAGCCAACAACCACCACAGCUGCCACAACAACCACACGACCAACCACGACCCCUACCACCACCACCCCUCCAACAACCACGACCCGGCCCACCACCACAACCAGAGCAACUACAACCACGACCAAAGCAACAACGACCACCACCCGAAGAACCACCACAAAAAGACCGACCACCACUACCACCACCACACUGAAACCAACCAGAGCCCAGACCACAGCCAUGUGGCUCCCCGCACCAAGAACCACUGCUGAUCCUCACCACUACGACCGCAGAGAGAGGGAGCGGUACCCGGCUAAAACCACCCCGGCCGGAGACAACCGCACUGACAAGGACAGCAGAGACCCACACGGGAGAAAGAUGGUUCCUGCCACACAUAAACCCUCAAAGAUCAGACCCACCAGGAGGAAGAACGGUGGAGAGAAGGUGUUGACUAACGAGUAUGAGGACAAGUAUGAACCCAGCAGGCCAACAGUCAGCGAUCCUGGGGAGGCAGAAACCUUCACAGACAUCAGUCCAACCAAGAGGGUGAAAGGCAAACACGAUAAGCACGACAAGAAGAAGAAAAAGAACGACAAGGCUGCCAAGAAAGCCGAGAGGAGGGGAGGAGGAAAGGCAGGGAAGAUCGGGGGAAAGAAAAAUGGAAAGAAGCUGCCAAAGUACCCUGAGAAAGAGGACUACCCGAAGCCCACCAAGAAGCCGACACCCCCGCCAAAGGGAUCCCUGGCUUCUUUCCUGGACUACUUUGAGAACAGGAGGCGGCUGCUGCUGAUUACAUCUCCCAGCGAGGAGAACAGAAUGUAUGCUCAGCAGAGGGAUGAGUACCUGGAGUCUGUGUGUGAAAUGGCCAUUAGGAAAGUCUCCAUCAUCACCAUCUUUGGCUCCCUGACCAACUCCACCAUGAAAAUCGAUCACUACCAGCUCGAAAACGACAAGCCGAUGAAGGGUCUUCGUCAGGAGGAUCUGGUGAACCAGGACCUGAUCACAGAGCUGAGGAAAGAGUUCAGUAUGGUCUAUGAGGACUUCUACAUGGUCCUCACCGACACCGACAUGAGGGUGAAGCAAUCCUACGAGGUUCCCAUCGCCAUGAAGGCCGUGUUCGACUACAUCGACACCUUCUCGUCCCGCAUCCGAGAGAUGGAGCAGCAGAAGAGGGACGGGGUCGCCUGUAAGAAAGAGGACAAGCCCAGGUCCCUGGAGAACUUCCUCUCCAGGUUCCGAUGGAGACGUCGCCUCUUCAUCAUCUCCGCCCCCAACGACGAGGAGUGGGCCUAUCAGCAGCAGCUCUACUCCCUCUCCAGCCAGGCCUGCAACCUCGGUCUGAGGCACAUCGCCAUUCUGAAGCUGGCCGGCACAGAGUUACUGGAUAUGGGUGGAGUCCUGGAACUGUAUCCUAUCAAUGGGAGCGCUACUGUGGAGCGUGAGGGACUGUCGGGCAUCCUAGUGAAGGACAUGAGGAACUACUUCCAGAUCAGCCCGGAGUACUUCUCUAUGCUGCUGGUGGGGAAAGACGGCAACGUGAAGUCCUGGUACCCGUCGCCCAUGUGGUCCAUGGCGAUCAUCUACGACCUGGUGGACUCGAUGCAGCUGCGGCGACAGGAGAUGGCCAUCCAGCAGUCACUGGGUAUGCGCUGCCCUGAGGACGAGUACGGCGGCUACGGCUACCAUCAGCACGGAUACGAACACGGUUACCAGGACGGAUACCACCAAGGCUACGGCUACUAACUCCCCCAGCGUGCAUCGCAGCUUGUGUGUGGUGUCUUAACUUCUUUUAAAUCUUUCCAGUUGGCUCGGACAAAUUGAGGUCCUUGAAUGUUUUGUAGCACUUAAUGAAAGCCUCCGAACGGUUGCUUUCACCUUUCCAGCUCUUUCAUUUCGGUUUAUAUCGCUGCGAGUGAAGACACUUUGUCAAGAGGCUUUAAUCAGAGAACUGUUAGUGUAGGAAUGUGUAGAUGAGCCUGGAGGUUCAGGGAUUUAUUGUCCAAUGUUUUUAAUUUAGAUUUUCUAGUUUGGUCAUUUCCUACAGAGGGUAUUUCUGCCACCAAGUUAAAACCAAUGGGAUCAUUAUCAAGUGAGAACAGGAUAUUUUGAUGCAAUUAUGACAUACAAACUUAAGGUAGAGUCAGUAGCAUUUUUUUUUACCUUACCGUCACUGCAGGACGGAGUGUGUACGUUUACAGCUUGUACCUACACUGCAAGCUACCGCCGGUGUUUGGCAUCUACCUGUCCAACAGGAAGCAGGCCAGCUCCACAUCUGCGGGUGAAAACCAACACAAGGUUCACCCUCGUUUUGGUUGGAACGAGCUCUAUCCACUUGGUGUUACAGCUGACAGUAAUUACCUAUAUUUUGUUUUCUGUGCUGUUAAAUGUCCGUUAUAUUCUCGUCAAAUCGCUAAAUUGUUCCACUCCUAAACUUACCUGCUGCGCUGUCAUUGGCUAGAGGAAACACGCCAGCUCCCCGCCUGGAAACGUCCAGAGUCAACCAAAACAUGAAAAUCAGUCACCAUCACAGAUAUAUGGAGGCCCAGAAGGGACGAUGGAGCAGCUUUACUUUAGGAGAAGUCUAUAUUUUAUUAUUUUAGGAAAAAGCUACUGACUCCAUCUUUAAAUGAACUGUACCUUUUUGUAUGUAUGAGAAACAUUUCAUGUUAUACUUAUAAGAUUUUAUGAUGUUUUACAAUGAUGUGUUAUGUGAUUUUAUUCAUGUCCUAACAAGAUAAAUAGUUCUAAUCAGUGAAUCGACGUCUUAUUUAUGUAGCAGCAAACAUAACUGACGUUUUCUCAAGAGCUGCACCAAAAGAGCCGGCUGAACGGGGACGCACUGAUGCAUCGCUUGAACAUGUGUAUCACCUGAUCGCGGCCACAUCUGCCCAUCAGCAAAUAAUGUGACAUGCACCACUGUCAGUUUCCGGUGUGUGUUUGUGUGUGUGCCGCAUUGAAUGCCGCCAGCCUGGAACACCUACCUGCUGAUUCAGAGGAGAGGUUUUUUUUUAACGGGCAGAAGAAGUCACCUGUUGGCAGUGUGGCCGUCUGACAGCGUCUCUGAGGAAGAUCACCGUCAUGCAGCUCGUACGACAUGUUCCUGUGACAUUUCAAGCGGAGGGACUGCUAACAACAAUUUAGAUUAAUCAAAUCUUAAAGCUCUGGGCGCCAGUGGCCUAGUGGUUAGUGCAUGCGCCCCAUGUACGCCCUCCAAGCAGGUGACCCAGGUUCAACAUGUGGCUCCUUUCCUGCAUGUCAUUCCCCACUCUCUCUCUCUCUCUCUCUCUCUCUGUCCCUGAUUUCCGACUCUAUCUACCGAACCUGACAUGUCCUAUUUCUAAAAUAAAAUCGUAAAAAGCCUAAAAAUAAAAACAGAUAAGAAAAAACAGACACAAAAAAUUAGGAAAAAGAACUGGGGGAAUAAACAUUGGUUACACCUUAAAUUAAGGUCACAAUAUUCACCAUAUACUAGCUGCUUAUUAGCAUGCUAACUAGUAGCAUACUGGCUGCUUAUCAGUCAUUUUAAGCGCUUUUUAGCACCUUAAUCUACAUGACCAUAAUCUAUAGAUAAUGUCAUUAACUAAGAGUUUACCCUCCUAAUUACUGCUGAUUGAUAGUAAGUUAGGAAGUUGUUGAACAUGAAUUAUGACCUUAUGAUGGCCAAACUAAGCAAAGCAUUUUAAGAUAAUAAAUAAUCAGCUUAAUGACUCAUAAUUACCUGGUGGUCUAGUGGUUAGGAUUCGGUUUUUGGGUUCGAUUCCCAGUCAGGGAACAGCUGAUUAGCCUGCUAAUAAGCAGCUUGUGUAACCGGUUGUGUUUUUCUGCUGGACUAUGGAGGGCGUGUGUGUCUGUCUCGGAUGUUUAUGGUGCAGGAAGAACGCCACUCUGGAUCUCUUUCCUUUUUAUUCUGGUGUAUGAUACAAAAGCACACAAUCAGCAUUGAUAUGCAACCGCAAGGACUCGCAUCUUCAGCUCAGGAGAGAUUCCGUUUGCCUUAAGAGUAUUUUUACAUAACAUCAUGAAAUCAUAUCAAUUAAAUACAUUUUUAGCACAAGUGAUCGUAUAGUGGAAUUUUACUUUGUCUUUGAUUACCAAAUAAGAGCAUUUUCAAUUUUUAUCUGUGUAUAAACAUACCAAAAUCAUUUUAACACGUAACCAUCAAUGAAUUGCAUUUUAUAGCUUUUUACAAUGAACACAAACAACAUGAAUUUACAGUUCACUUUUUAUGUAAAACUAAUUUAACCGUGCCUACCUGGUGUACAAUACAAAAGCACACAAUCAGCAUUGAUAUGCAACUGCAAGGACUCACAUCUGUGUAACACAAAAACACGCACACAAGAGCAUUAACCUUCAGCUCAGGAGAGAUUCCUUUGCUGAGGUACGUACGGUGGCCAGCUAGGAGCCCUACAGUUGCGCUAUUAGACCACCAGGCUGCAACAAAGUAACAUAAAUAUGACAGACACAUCAAUUUUGUAGAAAUUCACAAGAGGUUCAUUCCAACUCUGUUAGACUAGUUUAUGGUGAAUAUCCAUCUAUCCAUUUUCUUUACCGCUUUUUCCCUGUUCGGGGUCGCAUUGGGCUGGAGUGCUGUAGCCGAUCCCAGCUGUCACGGGGCGAGAGGCGGGGUUAAACCAUGGAAUGGCUCGUCUAAACCGAACUGUUACAUCAUUAAACAAAAUCAUGUUCUGACUUUACUGUUAUAGGAUAUGUUUGUAUGUCCUAAUGAUGUGAAAAUGUCUUUGUAAUAACAUCUCAUUUUAUAACAACAGCUCUGCGUGUGGUGAUGUGAUUGUGAACCGUUUCUUUUUCAGGUGUGGCAGCGAUACGCUCUACAUUUCUAACCUCAGCACAGGGUGUUUUUUUAACUUCCCUUCAAGGUCGGAAAAACAUGUUUGUAUUUAUUGGACAUCUGUUGCAUCUGCAGGUUUUUAUCUCUCCAUUUUUGUGAAGUUUCCGUUGCUAUCCAUUGUUCUUAUUUAUACUCUGUUGUGCUUUAUGAUAAAUAAACGUGUUUACUACCA